UGAUUACAUAUAACCAUGUGUAUUUGUGUGAUUGAUCAUUGCUACUAUAUCAAAGUUUAUAUCAAUCUUUGAUAUACAUUUUUGCUCUAAGUUAGUGGAAGGGUCAGUAUUUUACAUACAGUUCAACUUUACACAAAUGCAUGAAUUUAUUAGAUUAUAGCCACUACCUGUACUUGUCAGUUUACCCUUGGACAAAUGGCAGUUUACUCUUGACUAUUCUGUAUUCAAUAAAGUUAUCUAAGUUCAACACAUUGUGUUUAUUUAUAGGAUUUUUUUUUGCUAUUAAAAAAAAUGAUAUUUCCUUGAUAAGUUGUAAAUCUUACUUCUUGUUUUUAAAAACACAUUACUAUUAUUACUUCUUGUAGGACCUAAUAGAAAGUGUGACCUAAAUUGAGUGUGGUAAACAAUGAGUCAUAGAAAUUUUGAUGAUGUUAGCAGUUUAAUACACUAUACACCGAGUGGCUGAGAAUAGUAUCAUUGUCAGCAUCGUUGAAACAAAAGACUGUCACCUUGUUCUUGCCAGAUAUUUUCUCUAGCCAGAAGAACUUGAACCUGAAGAACGAUGGCAGCAAUUGUUACUGGUCUGAUCCCCAUCCUCCGCACUGCAGUGGACACCACCACCACCUACAAAGGUCGUACCAUGUGGUUCGGCUUUCUUUGUAUUCGCCUCGUGACGCUUUUUGUUGCUGAAAUGCCUUGGUUUAAACUGAAUUCAGACUUCAGCUGCACCAUCACAAGGGACAGCGUGUGCACUAGAACCUGCUUCAACCAACACUUUGAUAAACCUGUGGUAAUGGUUUGGAACUAUAUUUUCAUCCUCCUCAUUCUGUCGGUCCUGAUCAUGGAGCUUUUCACUACCCACAUACACUCAGUUUUUGAGAAGCGCACCAGAGAGAAGAACGAAUCUCUGGGCGAGCUGAAAAGUGCAAGUGACCCCGUCAAUAACACAACUGCGAUGAUGAUUUUAGACAUGCACGGAAGCAGGAACACUGUGCUCUUCUACCUGUUCAGCAUUAUGCUGCGGAUUUUGGUGGAGUUUUGGUUUGUGUAUGUUCUGCUUUAUUGGAACUUGUCUAAACUAAACCAAGGGGUGUUCAUAUGUAAGAGUUAUGACACUGGAUGUCCAGAUCAAGAGUGUUUGGUGAGUGGCACUGCUGAGAAACGCAUGUCUAUCUAUGCUCUAGUGUCCGUUUCUGUCGUGGGUAUCAUCAGCAAUUCUGUGUUCUGUAUCCACUUGAUUGGCCACUACCUCUUGUAGCUGUUUUACCAAAAAAUCCUCCAGUGUGUAACUUCAUUGUUUGCUAAAUGUGUUUUGGUUUCUCUUAACAAGUAUGGUCUUUCAUUCAUGUCUUUCUUUGGUCUGUUAAACAUUUUCAGUCCAGUGUACUUUGUAUGAAAUUGUUUGAAUAUCACUGGAUUUAGAACAGGUUUGCUGUGUUUAUUGAUUUGUGAAAUGUGUGGCAAUAAAGGGUGUUACAAUUUGA